AUCCAGCUAUUUGAGGGCACUUUGCAUUCCUUGUUUAUUUGCUUUGCAUUUUCUCAUCUCUGAUUAAGAUUCCCACUGCAAUCGUUCUCACCAUCAUUUUUUCUCUUCAGGAAAAAUUAAAAUAUUCUCUUUUCUCUGUUUUUCUCUUCUUUAAUUUCUCAAAUUUACUCUGAUUCCAACUCUCCUCCUUUUAACAGGAUAAAGAAGAAGUUGAAGUUCCAUUUAUUUACAGUAGGAGCAGCAGCAGCAGCUCGUAAACAGUGAUGAACUGGGAUUUAAAGUUGGAGUAUUUUGUGUGAAGCAAGGAGACCCAGCUUUCAACUCUGCUGUUUUAAAACAUUGCAUAUAACAUAUCUUCAUCUCAAGCGUGAUUAACGACAAUGGCGGAAGCGUUCUGCUUGGCCGCUGCUUCUAAUGCCGUAGGAACACUGAUGGUUGACUAUUUGGUGAAGCCAAUAGAACGUCGUAUUCGCUACUUAUUUCGUUUUCAUAAGUUAAUUGAAGACCUCCACCAACAGCAAAAAAAUAUGAAAAGAGAACAAACUCGAGUUGAAGAAGACGUUAAGGAGGCAAAAUUGCAGAUUCAAACUCAAGUAAUUGAGGACUAUGUAGAUGAAUGGCUGACAAAUGUAGACAAUGCCUUGAAAGAUGUACAGAAUUUGGACAGUAGAGUUGAAGAAAAUAAGAGAUGCUUCUGUUGUUGUCCUAAUUGGUGUUGGCGAUAUCAAUUAGGCAAGGAGAUAGAGAAGACGACAGUGUAUAUCAGUAAACUUGUAGAAGACUCUCACUUUGAACGAAUCGGCCAUCGUGCGGAGCUUCCUGGCUUAGAAUUCUUCACAUCUAAAGAUAUUUUGGCUUCCAAAUCUUCAACUGCUGCAUUCAACAAGAUCAUGGAAGCAUUAAAGGACGAUAAAGUUAACAUGAUCGGAGUGUGGGGGAUGGGAGGGGUGGGCAAAACCACCUUAGUCAAAGAAGUCGGUAAAAAAACCAAAGAAUCAGGAUGUUUUCGUAAAGUUAUUGAAGUUAUUGUGUCCCAAAAUUCAAUUAUUGAAAAUAUUCAAGAUAAAAUAGCAGAUUUCUUGGACUCACAGUUCGAGAAGAAAACUAAAGAAGGGAGAGCAGGAGAACUAUGGCUUCAAUUGGAAAAAGAAGAAAAGGUCCUCAUAAUCCUUGAUGAUAUGUGGAAUGAGGUCCACUUGAAAGAGAUAGGCAUUCCGCUAUAUGAAAAUGGGAAGGGAUGUAAAAUCAUUUUGACAACACGUCGCAAGACAGUAUGCGAAUCCAUGGAAUGUCAAGUUAUUAUUCCGAUGGAUGUUUUGGAAAGUGAUGAAGCAUGGGCUCUAUUUAGAAUGAAAGCUAAGCUUAAUGAAAGAGUUUCAAGGGAUAUUCUUGAGGAGGCUGAGAAAGUUGCAAAAGAAUGCAAGGGUCUACCGGUAGCGAUUGUAACGCUAGCAGCGGCUCUAAAAAGUACAAAGACCAGUAAAGGAUGGGAAGUGGCCCGCAAGAAACUUGAAAGCAGUAGAUUAGUGGAAAUCGGUAACAUUGGAGAAGAAGAAAAAAAUGCCUACUUGUGUAUCAAGAUGAGUUAUGAAUACUUGAAGAAGGAGACGACCAAGAGAUGCUUCUUAUUGUGUGGUUUAUAUCCAGAGGAUCAUUCAAUUAAAGUGGAAGAUUUGGUGCGAUAUGCUUGGGGUUUGGAGUUAUUUGGCAAGGCUGACUCAAUUGGAGAAGUGAGGAUUGAAGUUUUGGAAGCCAUUGAUUACCUCAAAGAUUCUUGCUUGCUGUUAGAAGAUGAAGUUGAAGAUGAAGAUGGAGAUGGUGGAAGGUAUGGUCCUUAAACUUUAGAGCUUAUUCCUUUUGACCAGUUGAUCUUUUUGUAGAUUUAGGAGUAGAAUUGUCUUUCGAAGUCCACCAGCUCAGCCAAACAAAACUAUCUUUAGACUCAAAAUUAUUAUUUGUUUAUAAAUAAUAUCAUUUACAUAUAA